AACGUAGCAGCUCUAAACACCAACGCCGAGUGGAAGUUACAAUUCAUCGCAGGUCCGAAUGUCGGCCCCUGUACCGGUCAUCCUAUAGCUGCAACGAUGCCGGCUUUCCAAGCCAUCAACCUCGAGCCGGAGGAGAACAUCGACGAGCAGAUUGACACCAGCAGGGAGCUUCAUGUUGAUGAAGCCCUCAAACGGUUCCAAAAUGCCCUGAAGCUCCAUGCGCAGGGCGCUCGAUCGCGCGACGCCGCUGGUGCCGCCUACGACGAACUGUUCGAAUCCGAGAUCUUCAAGUACCGCGAAGCGAAAACCGACUACGAGAGAGCAGAGCGACAAGCCGAUGGCCAGCCCGAGGUCUCCGUCCUAGACUCCUUCGCCGGGGAGCUAGACGCUGAUGCUGGAGGUGCGGAUGGCGUGGCAGCGAGCCUUUCCCAAGCAUUGUACCUCUCCUACAAGAAUUACGGCCAGUUCUUUGUCGACAAGUUUAAGGAUAAGCUGAACUCAGACCCAGCUUGGAGGACGAAAUCCCGAAUCGACUACAAGAACGACAAUGGUCGCAAGGUCCUGGACAGUUGGGCGGCUGCCCUGGACCAAGAUCCUUCCGACCCAGAGCUCUGGAGACGAGCCGCCCGUUUCGCUGCAUCGAUGAACAGCGGAAGAAUCAAGCGAUACUGUUUGGAGUCCGCGGUGGAAUUGGAUGACGACCCGGCUGUCGUGGAGGUUGGUCCUCCCUCUUUGGCUGAAGGGCUGGCAGGUGAGCAGCUGAAGGACCAGCUCCGUCUUCUUGAUGAUGAGGUUGCCAUGUCACACCCCAUGAUGGUGCCGUGGAUGUCGAAGAAGAUGCCAGCCCUGCUCAAGCGCCAUCUCGACCCGAUUCCGUUCCUUCCCGAUCCUACAAAGUCCUUGGAGCCUCCUGCAGUCAGCCCUGCUCCAAGUGAGAUUUUUGAGGAUGCUGAAGAAGUCCCUGCGGAGACCUCGGGCCGCAAGAAUUCCGUUAGAUCCGUGUUAUCCUGGCCCGGACUUGGGGCGGAGCUGAUAAAUUGUCUCGAGAAUGUGGCUGGGGCCUUUGAUGCGUGUGACAACAUUGUCCGAAGCUCUCUGGAGGAUGUGGAAAUGGGAUCACCCUCAACUGAGCCCGAGACUGCAAGCCCUGAGGCUCAAACCAACAGCGAGAAACCUCCCGAGGAAGACUCCGCAGCGGGCGAGGGAGAGGGCAACGAGACGACGGUCCCUUCGAACGAGGCAACGAAAGUCCCUUCAAACGAGGAAACACAAGACCCAUCGAAUGAAGAAACGAAGGACACCCCAAAUGACAAGGAGGCAUCUGAUAGCCCCGUGGAAGGCCAGAAAGCAGCUGAAGGUCCAUCGAAGGACCGCAGCAUAUCCCUGCCCACUAGAAAACGAUCGCAAUCGACAGCUGGACUACCAGACGGAACCGAGGAAGAGAAUACAGCCGAGAAGCGAAGCAAACGUGUUCGACGAAGAGAAACUCUCCAGGCCGAGGAGGUAGCUGACCAAAGCACACUGGUUGCGACUCAAUUGCAGCCGUACCAGGGUGCCGACCAGAAUCUGUUCCAGAUGACAAAGAGCAUCCUCGAAAAUCUCGGUGUGGAAGACAAGACAACGUUGGAGCAUAUCAACGAAAUCUUGGACUCGUGUGCGACCGAAGAUCGACCAGGAAAAGUUACUCCUCCCGCAGCAAAGGAUCUUCGAAGCGUCCUCGUUGAGUUCAAGGAGGGAGUGGCCAGGGCUUUACUCAGUAAGAAUGAGCAGGCUAGUCUUGGUUUGUCUUCCUUCCUAGAGCACGCCAAAACAGGUUCGCAAGACCAGACAUCCACUAUGCCCUUCAAUGAGGCCCAGGGUCUCAAGGCCUUUGCGAAGAAGAUCCACCGAUACCGUUCUUGGAUGACUGGCGAGGACAUCGCUUUCGAAUGGGUCCGAGCCAUUAGCGAGAGCUACGCGACAGCGAAAUGGUCCGACAAUAUGAAAACAUCCGUGGUUCAAAUGCUCAAUCGUGUGGACUCGGCGUUGUAUCAACGGGUCACGGAUGAGUUGGAACUCGCAGUUGGGUCUACUGAGAGGCUUCUUGAGCUCGAGAAUAUUGUCCCCAUGAUGUUCGAGUUGCAUCUUGACAUUUAUGAACGAAUCACCAACCCUAACAGCGUAGUGAACUAUGCAACGCGGACUUCUACCAAGGAUCGACUUGAGAGAUGGCUAGAUGUCGCCUCAGCGUAUGUGCGUUACCUGGACCGUCCUUCAGAUGAUCCCCUCACGGCUCGAUUUCUAUGGGCAUCUGUGCUUGCUUCGUCGCUCUCGGCAAACCCCGUGCGGGAGCAUAUCCUUCUCAUGUGGACAUCUGUUCGGGACUUCUUGUCCGACGAAAAGGUUCCUACCAUUACUCUGCCCAACAACGUGGUCAUGCCAACGAUCUCCUCUGCUGCUGCCGAUCGAGAAAUCUCCAAGUUGACGACGAUGGACUUCUUCCUUGGCCUCUUCCAGGACGAUAUGGAGAAUCCAGUCCAUGUCAUUGAGACCCUUGAACCUGUCCUCAACCCGACGUCUGUCUACGCCCGCGCCCAGGACUCGGAAGCUGCGGCAACUGGUGAAGAUGACUCUGAGUCAACAACAGACCAGAGCAACCAACCAGUGUCUGACUGCGCAAGCCAGGGAUUACAGGAUCUGUGGAAAUUCCUCCUCAACAGCAGCACAGAACUGCGACUCUUCCUGUGGUCGCGACUGGGAGACGCGUACGAUGCCAUUGGGUAUGCAACCAAGAAAUUCUCAUGCCAACUUAAAAGCAUCGAGAUGAUUGUCUCCGAUCUCGAAAGUGAGACGUAUUCCAAGACGCUGGUGGAUUCCCGAAAGCUUCUCUUUAUGAGAACACUCAAGUCCUUGGAUGAGCUGCUGAUUCAGGCCCUAUCGCUGGCUUUGAAUGAGCACAGUUCUUUCGACAUCAUCGAUGAUGACCACAUCAAGUCCUCAUCUGCGGCAAUUGCAAAGAUCAGCUGUUUACUCCACGUUGCAGCUCUGUGCGAGGAUGAGAUUCGGAUCGGAAUCAGACCUGCGCCAUCCGGAAAUGCAGCAAGCAAUGCUGCCUUCCAGUCCCUGCGAAACAAGCUACGAGAAAUGCAAGUUCGAGCAUGGUCCCUCCAGUACACGAUCUUCAAGGUGGCCAUCACGGAACAGAACUCGAUCAUCUCGCGGGAGAAUGACUUGGCGGACUAUCUCGCAGCGGUGCACCAAGUCAUUGGCAUUCGCAAGUUCUGUAAAGCGUCGAACAAGAUCUUCCUCAAGAUGAUGCGUGUUGAGCUUCUUAAGCUGAAGAACAUCGAGAACUGGGAAGAUUAUCUAGCACAGGUGCUCUACGAUCUCCACGGUUUGAAGCUUGGUGCUGGAGUUUGGGAAAUCCAGGACCACGCUUGCCCAGCUGAGAAGCUGGAGAAGCGCCAGACUAUGCAAUUGGUCGAGAGAGUCACCAUCCUCGCUAAUCGCAUGCCGAUGAAGGAUCUCCUCAAAUCUGAUCUCAAGACGACAAUCGACCACAUGCAGCAAACUGUUGGACAAACGAAGUCAACUCCGCAAAUGACCCACAACUUGCGCAACUUUACCGAGUUUCUUAAGAGGCCGAUUCAUCCGCUCCGACUGUACCAGGCUCUUGUUGGAGGUGUGUCUGUUGAUGCAGUAUCCGUCAAUACACCAGAAACUACGCUUGCCAGGCAUGGCUGGUUCUUUUUACUGGGUAUGAUGGCCUUGACGAAGUUCAAAGGAGUCGACUUGAACCGUCGACAGACCCCUGGUGCCACGGAUGACUUGCGAAUUGGCGCGACCUUCUUGAGGCUCCAGUUGCAGUUUACUGCGGACAAGUGGGAUGCCUGGUUCCGCUUGGCCGAGUGCUUCGACUACGAACUUGACGAGGCUGUUCUGUGGACUGCGGACAAGAUGAACAAGGAUCGUGGGGAGCUUGUUAAGUUCCAGCGCAACGCCAUUCACUGCUACACGCUCGCCCUCUCCCACUCACGAAACAUGGACGUCGAUACUCAUGACGGAGACCCCCUGCAUGAUCUCUAUCACAAGUUUGCCAUGCGACUGUAUGCGUCAAGUCGAGAACCCUUUGCCAUGGAGCCUUUUAUCCAUGCCGAGCAAGAAAGGUUCUUUAUUGAGAGCAUGGGAGCCGGCACCUUCAAGCGAAUUCUACACGACCAAAUGACGGAAUACAAGGUCUGGAAGUUUGCAGCCAAGUUGUUCAGGAUGGCCAUGGAGCGAAAGCCUGACAACUGGAAGAACCCCUACAUGCUUGCCAAGUGCUACUGGAAAAUGUACCAAACUCCUGAAGAGAAGCUCGAUCAUAAAGAUGUGCGAACCAAGGUCAGCAUGGGACUGCUCUUGAGUACCCUGAAGAAGGCUGUAGAAGUCGCCUACAGCGCUCGAAAGUCCAGGAGCAGUGAGCCAAUCUUUGAACCGCACUACAAGAUUGUUUCUAUCCUGCACAAGCUGGUCAUGCGGAAAGAGUUGACGUCUGUUGACGCGGCUGCGAUUCUCUCGGACCAACCAUUUGGCCUUGUUGUCCACCCAGAUGAUCACUUUGCUUCCUUCACCGAGCCAGAGGAUUGGGAGGAGUACAUCAUCCGCAACCUGUCGAAACUGAGAGACAAGGACAAGUCCAAUUGGCAGCACCGAAUCAUCAUGCGGCACGCGAAGAUCCUGUUUGAUGAGGGGACUUCGCUGCAAGGCUCCGAUAGCAACGUUGAAGCCAGGGCAGCCUUUGCCAUUCUCCGGGAAAGCAUGGUGACCAAGACCAUGGUGAUGAAUGUCUGGAAAUGCGACGCCGAGCGACCGGGUCGUCAUCAUGUCUACACCGAACAAUACGUCCGCUUCAUGACCAGGCUGCUCGUCAUCAUGUCUGACCUCAGCAACAUGGAACAGCUCCUGAGGCGACUGCGUAAAAAGGGUGCCGACUUUUACCACUUCGUCGAUUUGUGGCAGUCGUGCUGUGUGGCAUACCUGAAGCUCCUCCGACAAGGCUACCAUGUCGCUCCGGUGCUGGAUGACACGUUCAAGACGAUGUCGAGCGAGGAGUUUGACAUUGUCAGCGAAAGGAUCUCGGAAUGGGCAGCCACCGAUGGCAUCGAGGUCCCAGUGUUCAACUGUAUGAAGGAUGCUAUCGAGCUGAAGAAGCUCAACGCCAACCUUAUGAAGGUCACACCAAUUGAUGACCUUCUCAACGACUGCUACUCGAAGAUUUAUCUCGAGGUAGCCAAGACCCUGCCUGGUCCCGAGCCUAGUAAGAUCAUCGAGGAGCGCAACAACGCUAAGGAAGCUGCCGCUCAGCUCGAGGCCGCCGCGCAGGCAGAGGCUGCCGCACAGGCGGAGGCGAAAGCAGCCAGCUCGCUCAGUAACCUUCUCAAUCCAUCCAAUGGACAAGAAAGCGUUACCGGCACCGCAACACCAAUGGAAGUUGAGAAGCAAGAAGCAGCGCCCCGUCCAAGAAAGGCCGGUGUCCGAAGGCCUGAUAUCCUACGAAAGGCAGAGCAAGCUGUGGUUCGGGCCUUGGAGGCUCCCAAGGCGAGCAAGAGCCGGGUCGGCAGCGUAUCGAGUAGCAAGCAUGGAAGCCACACGCCCAACCCGCCUGUUAGCGAAGCUGGUAGUGAUGAUGAUGGGCCUGAUGCACAAGUUAGACGAGAAGCUGGGGAAGAUGCCGACAUGAAGGAUGCUGAAGAGCGUGAAGAAGGUGCUGAGGAGGAGGGUGCUGAAGAUGAGGGCGCCGAUGAAGAGGGUGCUGAGGAAGAAGGUGCUGAAGAAGAAGCUGGCGAUGAGAAAGCCACCGAGAAAGAGGAAGCCGAGAGUGAACGGGCCAGCAUUCACGACUUCGCAGACGACGAGAGCGAUUUGAGCGAUUUGAGCGAUGCACCAGAGGGAUACGAUGAGGAAAUGCCUCCAGGACUCAUGUUCCCCAACCUUGGUCGCUCUCCCGAAAGUGGAGACUCCAGCGGUGAAGAUGCCGACAGCGAGAGCGAGGGUGACGAUGAGGCGGAGGAGAGUGACGGGGAAGAGGACGGCGACGAAGCCGAAGAAGCUGAAGAGGGCGAAGAGGAUGAUGAAGAAGAAAUAGACCUCGGCCACGAAGACACUGAGAUGGCGGAUGCAGACGAUGAGGCGACAGCGCUCGCGACCCCGGAGGGAUCGCCAGGGCCAGAAGCGUAGGGCGCCUGGAGUUCGAGGCCAAGGUCGGGGGUUCGCAGAUGGGUAUGAUUGUACAAUAAUGAGGCUAGCUAUAUCUACGGUGGGAGUUUUAGAAGGUUAACGGGAUA